CGCAUGACAACAUCACCUGCAGUCACUCCUUGAUCACCCCACGACGACUCGAUGCAGUCGACAGCAAUAUCCAUUGCAGAUCGCGUCGAGGCACGCCGCGCCAAGCGGCGCAACCGAAGCAAAAUCAGCCAGCGAAAGUAUCGCGCCAACCAGAAAGCGUCCAAUACGCAGCUCGUCGAAUACGUGCGGGAGCUCGAGAUGAACAACCUGCGGUUGGAGGCGCGGCUGUCUGUGCUACACGAACGACAGGGUGUGAGUCAGUGCAUAGCGUCGAUCAAAGAGUACUUGCAGCUGUUUGAACAUGGGUACAACCCGCGAGGUGGCGACGUUGGGCACACGAAUCGACAAGAGGCGUUUGUCCACAAGCUCGUCACGCCCAACGUCGACUACAACGGAAAGAUCGGAGUUGACUAUCUCCUCGACCAAUGGGCGACGUAUUAUGCGCUGUUUGAGUCGUUUCGCAUCGAGUGGACCACGAUCCAAGUGCUGACAGUCGACGAACACGCGAUUGUGCUGGAAACAACGGUGUUCAUGCAUGUGCUGGUGACCGACACCUCCGUGUGCGCGCUCUUCCCGCGUUUAGCGCAGCAUCGGGCAGAUCUCGCCGACAAGUUGGUCGGCACCAAGCUCACGGUGCCCCUUCGCGCCCUGUUUACGCACGAUGCACACACGCACCAAGUGACGCGCGUGCAGGCGACGGCCAGUGUCGCAGUGGCUCUCGUGAAGCACUUGAACAGUGUCGAAGAAGCUAGCGAGGCAUUGCUGGGAGCUCUCCUCGACGACAACCUCCUCCUUGAGCUGCAACACCAUCACACUCCAUAAACAAAUACUGUACCAGGAGUAAUUGGUUGUAUUAUUUCGUGGUUGAGUUGGCCGAUUUACGUCAUCUUGAGUCGAAAUCUG